AUGAGUGCUCAGACUCCAUCCACACUCUUGAAGCUGGCAAGGCAGGCUUUGCUGAGAGAUGAGACCUUGGACAUGUCAGCUCUGGACAAACUGCCCAUGGAGCUCUUCCCAGUACUGUUCAAGGAGGCCUUGAUUGGCAGACACACUACAACUGUGAAGGCAAUGGUGGCAGCCUGGCCUUUCCCCUGUCUCCCUGUGGGGGCAUUGAUGAAGACUGCUGACUUGGAAACAUUCAAGGCAGUUCUAGCAGGAGUAGACACAUGGCUGCAAAAAAAAUUUCACCCCAGGAGGGGGAAACUUCAGGUUCUUGACCUGAGGAAGAAGCACCAUGAAUUCUGGAGCAUAUGGGCUGAAGCAGAGGAUGGUGACUGUUCAGCAAAAACUCCAGAUGAGCAUCAAGUAGUGAAGGUUCUUCCCAGAUAUGCACUGAGGCGGCGCCUGAAGGUGGUAGCUGACCUUUGCCUCAGGUUCUCUCUUGAUGAAGAACAAGCAUCCUUAUUGCAGUGGGCCCAGCAGAGAAUGGGCUCCCUCCAGUUUUGCUGUAUGAAGAUGACCAUCUGGGCUCUGCCUCUCUACGCUAUCAAAGAGGUCUUGAAUGUUUUCCAUCCAGAGCACAUUGAGGAAUUGGAACUUAACGUGGAAUGGAAUGUAUUCACCCUAGCCAAAUUUGCUCCCUGCCUGGGUCAGAUGAGAAAUCUUCACAAAUUCUUCCUGGCACCCAUCUACAGGAAUACCUUCCACAUUUCCAACAGGACAAGAGACAGAGAAGAGACUCAUGUCAGAAAGAUUAUUUCUCAGCUCUCAAAACUCAACUGUCUCCAGCAUCUCUGCAUGUAUGGCAUCAACUUUAUCAAAGACCACAUGACUCAGAUCCUCAGGUGCCUGAUGACCCCAUUGGAAACCCUCUCUGUCACUCACUAUCAAAUUUCACAGUCAGACUUGAAUUGCUUCUCCUGGUGUCAGAAGCUCUUUCAGCUAAAACAUCUGGACAUGAAAGGUGUGAUCUUAUUUGACUUGGAUCUUAUUCCUCUCCAAGUCCUUCUAGAGAAUGUGGCAGACACAUUGCAGUCCCUGGACUUGAAGGGUUGUAGGAUGAAGGACUCUCAGCUUACUGUGCUCAUACCUGUCCUCAGCAAGUGCUCCCAGCUGGCCAAUGUCAGUUUCUAUGACAAUGACUUCUCCAUGCACAACCUGAGGAACCUUUUGCAGCACACAGCCAACUGGAGCAAGAUGAAUGUAGAACAGUACUCUGCCCCUCUUGAGUGCUAUGAUGAAUUGGGUUAUGUCUCCAUAGAGAGAUUUGUCCAACUCUGUGCUGAGCAAAUAGAUAGGCUCAGGUCCAUAAGGAAGCCCAAGAACAUCUCCUUUGCUACACAUAUCUGCCCUAGAUGUGGAGAGCGUUGUGUCUAUGGCCUGGGGACCAGACUCUGUCGUUGCUGGCGGUAA